AUGAACGGUGGUUCUUGUUCGUCUUUAAUGGAUGAUGAUCAUCAUCAUCAUGGUCAUGAAGAGCUUCAUGUUCUAGCUGUAGAUGAUAAUCUCAUUGACCGUAAACUCGUUGAGAGGUUGCUCAAGGUCUCUUCUUGCAAAGUAACAACAGCAGAGAAUGCGAUUAGAGCAUUAGAGUAUUUGGGAUUGGGAGAUCAAAAUCAGCAUAUCGAUGCACUGUCCAACGGUUUAAAGGUGAAUCUAAUCAUCACAGAUUACUGUAUGCCGGGAAUGACAGGUUUCGAGCUGCUCAAGAAAAUUAAGGAAUCAUCGUAUCUGAAAGAGGUUCCUGUUGUGAUAAUGUCUUCAGAGAACAUUCCUACACGCAUCAACAAAUGUUUAGCGAGUGGAGCUCAAAUGUUCAUGCAGAAACCUCUCAAACUAUCCGAUGUUGAGAAACUCAAGUGUCAUCUCAUGAACUGCAGAAGCUGA